CCAAACUGGGGUCACUGUCUUCCUCUUUGCCUUUUCCUGAGACGUUCAGUGAAGAGACGAGCCAGCAAGGAUAAAGAGAGCAAGACACAGCUGCUUCAUUCCCCUGAAAAGUUGAUCCUGAGGGUUGGAGAACCUUCUGGAACAAGAUGGCAACAGAGUAGUAUGCAGGACAAGGGGCUGCAGCAGGAAAGAGGGACCAGUGAAAAUUGCCUCCCCGGCUCGUGCAAAUAGAAGUGCAAGGGACAGGAAACUUGCAAGAUGCUGCCAGAACCUGUUACCCCAAGAAUAACUGCACAGAAAAUAGAAAAGCGUUAAGAUGAAUAUCAAUUUCAGAGCACAACCUGAUCCUCAGCUGAGCCAAAGAGGAAUCACAGGUCAAGGCCAGAAUGAGCUCCCUUAUGGAAAAGCAACUUACCUUGUUUGCAGACACUCCCCACAUCCCAAGACAGUCUGCCACAUAAAAGGAUUAAAUGAUACACCUGUCUGUGUCGUCAAGGACCGGGGUUACACUGCAGGAAACCUCAGAAUCCCAGCCCAAGAUCAGGAUCUAUGUCUUGGGCACACUGGAGCACCUGUUGAUUUUUCUCUUCCCAACAAUAUUCUGCCUAGUCUGGUGCACCCACCAACCAGGGGGAAAGUUACUCAGUCAAUGCGAGAUGAAAUAACAGAACUCACAAGAAGAGCAGGAAACUCACCACUUUUAACGAGGAAGGAUGAUCCUUUGAGGAAGUACCUCGAAGACCGUCCACAUUGUUCAACUGCUCAGGAGCUCCACUCCUCUCUUCAGGGCACACAUUACAAACCAGCAUUCGUGGACAAUCUUAAUUACAGCCCAAACUACCUGGACCAGGAAAUAAAGAUCCUGGCAAAACUAUGUGAUAUUUUACAGACAGACUCGCUUGCAGAAAUCCAACAGUGGCUGACAAAAGCGAGUGAAAAAGAAAAGGAUUUAGUAUCAAAUUUCAUCCGCUCAGAUAUCACCAGCAGAGAUCUGCUGAAUUAUCAGCAAAAGCUGAAUGAAAAUGAAGCAGAGAAUCUCAAUUUGCAGGCUAUGCUGAAGGCCCAAAAAUCCAUUCACAAAGGAUCACCAGAGGAAGGAAACAAACCCAGGACUUCAACCCAGGGAUCAGCAGUCAGUAGAGGAGCCAGGCUAGAAAGGGAGAUAGAAGGUCGUUUACUCCCCAAAAGAGAGAGAAUCGCAGUCCCAACAUCUGAGGAUCUAUCUAGGUUAGAGCAUUCCCCCAGCAGACACCAGAGACGGAACCAAUCUCCCAUGUCACCGCAAACCAGCACACACUUGUUAUAUAGCAAGAUGCGCUCUAAGCGGCAGAACCUUCCUUCCAAAGCAGAAGCCCGUAUGCAAAGCCGUCUGCAGAGCCUCUAAAAGCUAGCAUGACGUUCUCAACACAAUUGGCUCCAGCCUCCUGAGUUGCCAUAUGUUCUCUUAUUUUUUAUUUGCCUGUGUCUAGUAUGUUUAGGCCUUGAGUUUUUAUGUGCAAUGCAAAAAUGUGUAAACAAGCCCCCUGAAUGUUAGUACACUGAAAUAGUAAAAAAGAGACACUCAAUAAACUAUUUUGUUGUUCUUUGUAA